AAGAGCAAUAGGGGCGAAAUGAACUGCUGCGGAUGGUUGGAGGGUUCUUCUACCGCGUGCUUUACGUAAGCGAGCCUGUUGGGCUAGCUGCAAACCCUGGCGCGCGAACUCCCACGCCGCGCGCCAGCGGUGGCGGCUGCCAUGGAGACCAGCAGGUGAGCGGCAGAGGCCCGCGUGGUCCCUGCCCCACCCGUGCUGAGCGAAGAGGAUGCGGUUGUCAAGGCGACGUGGAUAGGAGGAGGAGAGGACCGAGGGAGGAGGAAGGAUGGGCGGCCUUGGCGUAGCCGCAGGGAGGUGACUGAAGCGAGUCCAGCCCCUUGCAUCCUCCCCCUGUGUACCUCCCUCCUCUUUUUUUUUCCUCCUUCUGCCAGCAUAAGCAGCUACCGCAGCACCUGAGCCGCCACAGCCGCUGGCUCAGGACAGCGCUAUGGCUGAGCCUGGUCUCAACCCUCAUCCCUCUGCCAGAGGCGGAGGAAGCACUGAAAGGCGCACAUCUCGGCUUAUGUGGCUGCUGCUCUGGGCUGGGACCACCGUUCAGGUGACCCUAGGAACCGGACCCGAGCUUCACGCCUGCAAAGAGUCAGAGUACCAUUAUGAGUACACAGCGUGUGACAGUACCGGUUCCAGGUGGAGGGUCGCCGUGCCGCACACCCCAGGCCUGUGCACCAGCCUCCCGGACCCCGUCAAGGGCACCGAGUGCUCUUUCUCUUGCAACGCCGGAGAGUUUUUGGAUAUGAAGGACCAGUCCUGCAAGCCCUGCGCGGAGGGCCGCUACUCCCUUGGCACUGGCAUCCGGUUUGAUGAGUGGGAUGAGUUGCCUCACGGUUUUGCCAGCCUCUCGGCCAACUUGGAAGUCGAUGACAGCAUCUCUGUGUCCACGGAGAACUGCACUUCGUCCAAGUGGGUUCCCCGGGGAGACUACAUCGCUUCCAACACGGAUGAAUGCACAGCCACUCUGAUGUAUGCCGUCAACCUGAAGCAGUCUGGCACAGUUAACUUUGAGUACUACUACCCAGACUCCAGCAUCGUCUUUGAGUUUUUUGUCCAGAAUGACCAGUGCCAGCCCAAUGAGGAUGACUCCAGGUGGAUGAAAACUACGGAGAAAGGAUGGGAAUUCCACAGUGUUGAGCUAAACAGAGGCAAUAAUGUCCUCUAUUGGAGAACCACGGCUUUCUCAGUGUGGUCCAAAGUGUCCAAGCCUGUGCUUGUGAGAAAUAUUGCCAUAACAGGGGUGGCUUACACUUCAGAAUGUUUCCCCUGCAAGCCUGGCACAUACGCCGCCAAGCAGGGCUCCUCUUUCUGCAAGCUUUGUCCAGCCAACUCUUACUCAAAUAAAGGAGAAACUUCUUGCCAUCCCUGUGAUGCUGACAAAUACUCAGAAAAAGGAUCUUCCACCUGCAAAGUGCGCCCACCCUGCACUGACAAGGAUUAUUUCUAUACCCACACAGCCUGUGAUGCUAACGGAGAGACACAGCUCAUGUACAAAUGGGCCAUGCCAAAAAUCUGUGGUGAGGACCUCGAGGGAGCGGUGAAGCUGCCCGCCUCUGGGGUGAAGACCCGAUGCCCACCCUGCAACCCAGGCUUCUUCAAAACCAACAACAGCACCUGUGAGCCCUGCCCCUACGGCUCCUACUCCAAUGGCUCUGACUGUGCCCACUGCCCAGCAGGAACUGAGCCUGCCAUGGGAUUUGAGUACAAAUGGUGGAACACUCUGCCCUCCAACAUGGAAACCACUGUUCUCAGCGGAAUCAACUUUGAGUACAAAGGCCUGACAGGCUGGGAGGUGGCUGGUGACCACAUUUAUACAGCUGUCGGAGCCUCAGACAACGACUUCAUGAUUCUCACCCUAGUUGUGCCAGGAUUUAGACCUCCCCAGUCAGUGAUGGCAGACACAGAGAACAAAGAGGUGGCCAGGAUCACAUUUGUCUUCGAGACCAUCUGUUCUGUGAACUGUGAGCUCUACUUCAUGGUGGGCAUGAAUUCUAGGACCAACACGCCUGUGGAGACGUGGAAAGGCACCAAAGGCAAACAGUCCUAUACCUACACCAUCGAGGAGAAUGCUACUGUGAGCUUCACAUGGGCCUUCCAGAGGACCACUCUUCAUGAGACCGGCAGAAAGUACACUAAUGACGUGGCCAAGAUCUACUCCAUCAAUGUCACUAACGUCAUGGGUGGUGUGGCCUCCUACUGCCGUCCCUGUGCCCUAGAAGCCUCUGAUUUGGGCUCCUCCUGCACCUCUUGUCCUGCUGGCCAUUACAUUGACCGAGAUUCUGGAACCUGCCACCUCUGCCCUCCUAACACCAUCCUGAAAGCUCACCAGCCUUAUGGUGCACAGGCCUGUGUGCCCUGUGGCCCAGGGACCAAGAACAACAAGAUCCACUCUCUCUGCUACAGUGACUGCACCUUCUCCCGAAACACCCCUACCAGGAUUUUCAACUACAACUUCUCAGCUCUGGCAGGCACCGUCUCUCUGGCAGGAGCGCCCAGCUUCACUUCCAAAGGGCUGAAGUAUUUCCAUCACUUCACCCUGAGUCUCUGUGGAAACCAGGGGAAAAAAAUGUCUGUGUGCACAGACAAUGUCACUGACCUCCGGAUCCCUGAGGGUGAGGCCGGUUUCUCCAAGUCCAUCACAGCCUAUGUCUGCCAGGUGGUCAUCAUCCCCUCCGAGGUGACAGGCUACAAGGCUGGGGUGUCCUCACAGCCAGUCAGUCUUGCUGACCGACUUAUUGGGGUGUCGACAGACAUGACUUUGGAUGGGAUCAUCUCCCCGGCUGAACUUUUCCACCCGGAGACCUCAGGGAUCCCGGAUGUAGUCUUCUUUUUCAGAUCCAAUGAUGUGACUCAGUCCUGCAGUUCUGGAAGAUCAACCACCAUCCGCCUCAGAUGCAACCCAAUGAAAGCCGUUCCUGGUACUCUGCAGCUACCCAGCAUGUGCUCUGAUGGGACCUGCGAUGGCUGUAAUUUCCACUUCCUGUGGGAGAAUGUGGCUGCUUGUCCACUCUGUUCAGCCUCUGAUUACCACACUUUUGUCAGCAGCUGUGUGGCUGGGAUCCAGAAGACUACUUACAUGUGGCGAGAACCAAAGAUGUGCUCCGGGGGCAUCUCCCUGCCUGAGCAGAGAGUCACCAUCUGCAAAACAAUAGAUUUCUGGUUAAAAGUAGGCAUCUCUGCUGGCACCUGCACUGCCAUCCUGCUCACUGUCUUGACCUGCUACUUUUGGAAGAAGAAUCAAAAACUAGAAUACAAAUACUCCAAAUUGGUGAUGAAUGCUACUCUCAAAGACUGUGACCUGCCAGCAGCAGACAGUUGUGCCAUCAUGGAAGGAGAGGAUGUGGAAGAUGACCUCAUCUUUACCAGCAAGAAGUCACUCUUUGGGAAGAUCAAAUCCUUUACUGCCAAGCCGCCAGCGCCUGUCGCCAUCUCUCUUUCAGAGGACUCCUGAUGGAUUCGACUCGGUGCCGCUGAAGACGUCUUCAGGAGGCCCAGACAUGGACCUGUGAGAGGCCCGGGUCCUGCCUCGCCCGCCCGCCUCUCAUCUGGGCGCAUCACCCUGCAGGCCUGCGGCAGUUUAGACGCCAGCACCCUGCAUUCUCCGCUGCUGGGAAUCUCUUCAUCGUGGCCUUAUCGGAAGUUUGGAUUUCAGACCCUUGUUUUUUUAUAGAGUACCCAAACCUUUCUCUCUGCUUGCCUCAAACCUACCAAAUAUACCCACACUUUGUGUAUCGUUUCCUUGCUUGUAUCUUGUGUCCUAAAAUAGUCCACCCCCACCCCCGCUCCCGCCCCCGGAGCCAUACUCUCCUCUGCUCAUAACUCUUACAGCUCUGGAGUGAAAAUAGUCCCUUUUGAAGUAUAGGACUGACUUCUGGCCUCCUGUUUGAGGGCAGGCGCAGCUGAAAGUUUCCUUGGUCAGAUAAAGGCCUUCGAUUCACGAUCUCUUUAGGAGAGAGGCUGGGUGAGGGAAGGCUGGAGACGGACAGUCUUCCCAGCAGCCUGGGUUUAUUCCUUCUGGGUAAUGAGACUGGACAGGGACCCGUGGACAGUCUGGGGACAAGGUGAGUCGAAGCCGGUGUAAGAAGAAACUGGGAAAAAACACAAAGAAAGGCAAGAAAGAAGGAGUUUUGUUUGUUCUAUUUUAUAACCCGAAACCUCAUUUCCUUCUCUUAAGUGAUAAAUAUUCCCACUAAAGGCAAAGGAGAUUAUUUAUUUACUUAUCAAGAACUUGCCCAAAGCCCUGAGUAGACCUGUUCCCCACAGCUGAUUUUUGAAAAUGUCCCUUCCAUCUCCUUAGGACACUAGAAAGAACCAGGUAAGUCAAGCUUUAUCUUCUAUUGACUUCACUGGGAGAUAGUCAACACUUGCCAGCGAGGAACCGCCCAUCAGUGAGCACCUCAGUCCUAGGGCAUCAUGGGAUGUAGCAUCUUAUUUGGAAAGAACACAGGAGGCCAGGGUUUUAAUGGGUGGUACUAGGGACUCCAGCCCACGGUGACAUGGACCAGUUAUGGUCAGGAUAUCUGCUAGGCCACAGAGUUACGUACUUCUAGACUGCCCAGGAAGGGGCUGCAUGCAAGGCGGAUACUAACCAGUCUUCAGGGAGGAAAACCAGGGAUGUUUUAAGGUCUGCACCCACCUGAGGGACUUGUCACCCCAGCUUCUGUCCUAUUCUCGAUUCCUUUGUACUCUAAAACUCUAAAAGACUCCCAGCCUCCAUUUCUGGUGACACCUCUUUGGAAGGUGAGCAGACUAGGUACCGUCUCACAGUGUGGAGUUUCUCCAUCUCCUCCUUUUACUCAGCUAUAACUGAUGAAGUGUCUAGAAUAGAAAAAAAAUAGAAAACGUCCAGUUUACUUUUUCUUCCUACUCCUGGGAAUUCUACCUCUUUCAUCCUACGCCAGAAUGGCCACCUCUUGGUUGAGCUCCCCGUGGUCUACACCUGUGCCCUUUCCCCAGUGACAGGUGAUUGGCAUAGAACAGAGAAGCAUUUCUGAGUGGUUUGUCAGCCAAAAAGUGACUUGCUCAUCUGAUACUCAUGGCUUCCCUGGUGAUGGUUUCUAAGAAUCAGAAAGAAACGAAGCUAUGCCAUGACUUCUGACCAUCAGAGGCAUCCACAGUGACUAAACAGAAAAACUUUUCUUUGGGUAUCCAAGCUGUCCCCGAUUGUGUGAUUGUCAGGCCUCGACCAUACUGGAAUAGUCUUGAAUGGAUAUGUACACGUAGGCCGUGAACUCAUGGCCAGUCUCCUGCAGCCUCUUUGCUUUCUGCUUCCUAUGGAAUGACUGCUUUCUGUGAUGAAGACCACAGGAGAUAACUUAGACUAUUCUGUAAGAAGUAGGGAAAAGUUCAUCUCUUUGGACUUCUUUAUUGGGAUGUCUUAGAAUUGAGUACCCCAACCCCACACAUCCUCAGACUGCACUGAUUCUAUGAUAGCAUUUUUGGGAUCUCUCCUCUACUCCUUCCUGGGGUGCUUCCUAAAGGAAAGGGGUCACCUGUUGCUUCUCUAGCAGCUCAGCAACUGCAGAUAAUUUCAGUAGCUCUACUAAUAUCUAAUUUACAGACUGCAUAAGUCACCCUUUCAAAACACACAAUUCAGUGAAUUAGUUUUCUGCACUGAAGAUGAAACCCAGGGCUUCUCACAUGCUAAGCAAAGUGCUCUACCACUGAGCUACAUCACUGACCAUGGCCAUACAGUUUAGGACAGACACAUUAGCCCUUGAGCCAGGGCUGUGUUAGUUUGCAUAAGCUUUAGGGGCAGAGGAUUGGCUCAGGAGAUAGUAUGUAAACUCCAUAUGGAUAUCUAGAAUCCUAAAUGACAAUUUCAUCCUGCAGUCAUCCCUGUAUUUGGCUGGGAAUACAAAUGAAGAUUAUGGUAUAUCUAAGGACCAGGGGAUUUCUUAUCAAAACUUUUUUUUUGUCUAACUCUAUAUUAAAGCUAAAAUUGACUAUAUUUAUAUAACAGAAGCUUUGUAAAAGAUUUUUCAGCUUUGUCUCAUCAGGAUGGGUUGGAUUUCCUUUUUACUCUGUAUCCCACGCAUUUAUAGUUUGUUAGGGAUGGGUGUUGCAUGUCAUUUUUUAAAAAUAAAAACAUACCUUUUGAACUGUC